AUGGUCCACAACACGUGCGACAAGCUGAAGCAGCGAUACAUCGAGCACGGCGUCAACUACGCUGAGGAUAGUGAGUUGCUCACAGAGUUCAUGGAGAAGCACGGAGCGUGGGACAAGCGGGAGGUGACGGUCGAAGGCAUGGAUGGGGAGGGAAGUCCCGUCAAGCACACUUUCAAGCUGCACGAGGAAGCCAUCAAGGGUCAGAAGUCCAAAGGGGACCUUGAGUCUUGCAUCACUGUAACCCGUCAGUUUGCGCAGGAAGUUGUGAAGCACCUCCUAAAGCGGAUGGAGAGCCUAGACACCCUCGCCGGAGCGAAGCUUUUCCUGCCUGACGCGUACCCCGAGGGAAGCGCGAAGAGAGACCGCCUCUGCGCAUCCUGGUUCCAGUCUCUCCGCACGCUGUUCAGUGCGGAGAAGUGCGUACUUCCAGGUAAUCUGUGCGUCUCUGUGGUGCAUCUAUGUUAG